AACAGCUCUGUGCUCGUCACUUGCUCACACUUUUCUUCUUCUUUACAGAGAUACGCAGACACAGAGAGAGAGAAAGAGAGAGAGCUGAAAAUGGAUAAAAAAUUGAUUGUUCGAUCACUUUAUCGCUCACUUUGCUCCAGAUCUUAUCAUGUCGCCGCCGUCAGCCACACCCUGCUCCGCCACCACCACCACCAACACCACUUGGCUUCUCCUUCUCGAAGCCUCUUCAAUCUCUCAUCCCCAUCUCCCAAUCGCCUCCUCUCUGAUUGCAUGUCUCCUUUUUCAAUGGGUAUUGGAAGCAAGAGACUGUAUAGUGAAGAUGUAACUCACAUGCCCACCAUAAAAGACCCUGAGCUUCAUAAUGUUUUCAAGGAUUUCUUGGCUGGAAAUUGGGAUCAUCUUCCCGACGCUCUCAUCCAUGACGCAAAGGCAGCAUUGUCUAAAAGCACUGAUGACACAACUGGCAAAGAGAUUGUGGCCAAUGUUUUCCGUGCCGCUGAAGCAGUUGAGGAAUUUUCUGGUAUUCUUGUAAGUUUGAAGAUGGAAAUUGAUGACAGUGUUGGGAUAAGUGGGGAGAAUGUAAAGCCCAUGUCAGAUGAGCUUAAGAAUGCCCUUCAGGCAACUUUCAAUCGCUACACUGCUUAUUUGGAUGCAUUUGGGCCUGAUGAGACCUAUUUGCGGAAGAAAGUAGAGACAGAAUUGGGAACAAAGAUGAUACACUUAAAGAUGAGAUGCAGUGGCUUGGAUUCCAAGUGGGGAAAGGUUACGGUUCUUGGAACUUCAGGACUCUCUGGAUCAUACGUUGAACAAAGAGCUUAGACCCUUAGUUUCUGAGAGGUUUAAUGUAAUUGUGAGCAUUAUGUUUGGAAUCAUUUUUUUUUUAAGAUUUGGAGACAGGCUGGUAUAUUCUCUUCUUGAAAACCUUCAUGGUUAGGGUUUAAUGGCAAUUAAAUAAGAGUGCUAUUUGUCAACUACAAGGAAAGGAACAUUGUGGCACCAAGUUUGUAAUGCUUAUGCUUUUGAGUUGACCCCAUGAUGCUGUCAGUUCUAUUUAUUUUGACUGAAAUGAGUUUGAUCUA